CUCAUCAUGGCGCCGGACAGAGAAAAUUCAUCGCCAUCUAAUAUGGAUCAGACAUCAAGCGAUGCAGAGCCCUAUCCUUUUGAAUCUAGUGUCACACUUCAAUCGAUUCACGAAAGAACAACCAUCAAUUCUACUCUGACAUCAGAUUACGCUACCCAAUGGGGUCCAGUAGAGGCAUUCCGCGAACUCGUACAAAAUUGGUGGGAUGGAAUUAUUCAAUCAUUCAAGCUGUCCGAACAGGAUAUUAAGGUUACCCGUAGAGAGAACGAUGACGAGAUCGUCUACACAGCCAUAUCACCAGGCUCGUAUCGAGACAUAGCUAGGUCACAUGAGUGCCUUGGGUAUAUUCGAUGGUCUCAGCAGGAUGGUGCAGGCACUGUAGAGAUUACUAACAGACAAGCCACCUUGGAACCCUGUCAUAUGAACAUGGGAAGCACUACCAAGGCGACUGAUGAAAAUCAAAUCGGGAUGCACGGUGAAGGACUAAAGAUUGCUCUUCUCGUGCUGAUGAGAAGUCCUCAAAACCAUGCAGUCCGGUGUCGCUCUGGGGGAUUUGAGUGGACGUUCAAUUUCACCAACCAGCGAAGACUCACUACCCGCCUCGUAAGAAUGGCCCCUAGCACAAUCAGUAAAGCAGACGACAAAGUAAGCACACCGGUACCAGCCGCCUCCAACCAAGACACACAAAUCCUGAUUGGGACAAAGGCAAAGGGCCGGAACGAAGACGGGUAUCCGGUGGAGCGCGAAGAGGUGACGAGAGACCAGUUUACAAACUGGACUAGGGCGGCCUUGUUCCUGCAAGGCAUCUCGAGCAAAGAUAUUGUGAGAACAAAGUAUGGAGACCUCCUCACUGACCCACGAUUCAAGGGAAGGAUCUAUCUAAAGAGUUUCCUGCUGAAAGAAUCCCACGAAGGAAAUUUAGCUAACAUGGGAAAUGAAACGUGGGGAUACGGCUAUAACCUUGCAAAUGGAACAACCAACCGUGAGAGAAACUCUAUGGCCAGCUCUAAUGAUGAAUCACGCACAAUUCUAGCUAUCUGGGAAAGUGUUUUGGUGAUUCGAGGGGACCUUAUUGGAAACCUCCACCGAUUGCUAGGUUCUCAGAUAGAUUAUGCGGAUCUAAAGGGAGCUGCGAAGUAUGUCCAGAAAGAGACCGGGAAGCGUAUCACGACAUACAUUAACGAAGAGCUCAAAGGCAGUUGGUGUUAUACGGCUAACGAAAAAAACCUUAACCCGAGGUUUGACCAGAUUGUGGAAGCUCUUGGACGUACACCUCUGGAAGUGAACGAGUCUUAUUGGGCUAUCCUCAAGGAUAGUGGGUUUCGAACGGCCGAUGAAGAAGAGAUGAAGCGAUUCGACGAAGCGGCAAUUAUACCAAAUAAUGACAACCCAUUUCAAAUCCGACUCCGCCGACUUAUUCGGGGUGCUCUCGAAGUUUGCUUACUGACGGUUGGUACUGAUGUGGUGUUUGUGAAAGCAAAAUCGACAAGCAAUGUUAACUGGACUGGGACCGAUUCAAGAUAUUCACAUGAGUCAAAAACACUCAAGAUACAUGAGAAAUGGUCAAUAAAGCAAGGUGCUAUGCCAGAACUCGGCCAACCCCAGCUGACUAGUACGCACUCAAUUUUACUUGGUGCUGCUCAAUGGCUUGUUCGCGACGCGUUCUCACAAAUCCCAACGCACCUAUUCGGAUUUUACGAUCAGCGAGACCCAUUCCGUGCGAUGGGCCAACGCAAUCUUUCCCUAUGUCGGAAGCAAGCUGUUGCUCAAGGCUGUCGGAGGAUUGAUGAACUUGUUCAGAUACAGCGAGUGAUAAAUUUUAAAGUAUACGAUUGCGGGUCGUUUAACAAGUUGGUUGUGAAAUGGAACAAGCAUGCUGCUUGGUCCACCGAGUGUCGAGCCACCGUUCAACUUCAUCGCAAGUCAACUUGUUGGUCUGCUGUUCGGGAAAUCGUUAAUGGGGGCGAUGUUGUAUCUUUGAACAUGCGAUGUUGCUCUCACAUCACCGAGAUACCUCAUAAAACUUUUCCCGCCACCAUAUGUUAUGCAGCAAUAAUUCCAUUUGAAAAGGAAUCAUUCGAGGUACAAGUCGAGAAGGGACAAAAUUAUGCUCUAGUGAUGUACAACCCAGAUGACCUGAAGGCAUUAGCAGUAUUCGGCGAAGGUAGUAACGAGGAGAAUCGAAGUCGCGGACAAGAGAUCAGAAAUCCAUUUGCUCAGCAGGCAGACUUUCAAUCGCCAAAGCCGGUGGUUAAACUGCCGCCUCAGUCUGUGGUUCCGUCAAAGCGUCCUUGGGGGAAAUAA